CUUCCAGGAGAAAGGGAGGAGUGAGUGGAGACUGCAGAGUGCAGUCACUCUGAAGGAGGAGGCUUUGGGAACAGGCAGGCCCAGGAACAAAAAAAGGGAACUAGUGGUAGAAAGAAGCCCAGUGAUAGAGCAGUGAGGCCAGAGGAAGAAGGCCCAGACUGCUUAGCUGAGGGUUCCUGGGCUGGAACCCGGAGAAGAGGACUGCCUAGGACUAUUGAGGAGCUAAACUCCCUCAGAAGGGGGGGAACACAGACCAUGGCUUCGUCCUCCAGCUGUGUCACUAAGAGGAUGCUGUGGUUCCUGGGGCUGCAGAAGGAGCUGCAGAUGGCCAGAGUGACGGUGUGCAAACCAUGGACCAGGGAAUGGGGGCAUUGGCCUUGAGCUAAUCUCCAGAGUACCAGGAGGAGGCGGCAGUCUGGGGAUUUCAUAGCAAUAUCGGGAAAAGUUCCACUGUAGACCAUGCCUGUCCCUCCCCCUCCAGCUCCUCCGCCUCCCCCAACUCUUGCAGUGGCAAAUACCGAAAAGCCUUCCUUAAACAGGUCUGAACAAGCGGGGCGAAAUGCUCUCUUAUCUGAUAUUAGCAAAGGAAAAAGGCUAAAAAAGGCUGUUACUAAUGAUAGAAGUGCCCCUGUUCUAGACAAACCCAAAGGAUCUGGUGGUGGUGGCGGCGGAAGUGGCGGAGGAGGAGGAGGAGGAGGUGGUGGUGGUGGCGGCGGCGGCUAUGGCGGAGGAGGACCACCUGGCUUAGGAGGCCUGUUUCAGUCAGGAAUGCCAAAGCUCAGAUCUGCAGCAAAUCGAGAUACAGAUUCUGGAGGAAACAGACCUCCCAUGCUACCACCAGGAGGAAGAACAACAUCUGCCAAGCCUUUUUCACCUCCAGGUGCCGUAGGGAGAUUUCCAGGGCCUUCUUUGGGGCAAAGAAGUACCGCUCCCGAACCACAGAGAAACCGAAUGCCACCUCCGAGACCUGAUUUUGGUUCCAAACCAGAUACAGGACCUCCUCCAGUGCCAAAUACUCCGAGACCUGUUCCAUCAGGUUUACACAACAGAGUGUCCCCUCCUGUGCCAGGAGUAAACAGGCAAACCAAUGCAGGGCCUAUCCCUCCAUCUUUCCCAGGAAACAGAAAUACAGGAUUCGGAGGAUCUAUUCGCCAGUCGACUCCAAGUUCCUCACCUUCUUUCUCUAACAGACCUCCCCUUCCUCCUGCGCCUGGCAAGUCAACAGAUGACAAGCUGCCGCCACCACCACCUCCAACAGGAAACAGGGCAUCCGUCAACCGGGAACCUUCCUUUCCACCUCCACCACCUCAAAACAGUAAACCUCCCGUUCCUUCCACACCUCGGCCAUCCGCUGUCUCACAGGCUCCACCCCUGCCUCCAGGCAGACCAGGCUUACCUCCAGUUCCACCCAUUUCCAGUGGAAAUGAUGACAUGCCGCGUCUUCCACAAAGGAAUCUCUCUCUAGGUUCUCUUGCUCCUCCCAGCUUGCCUGGGGCAGGUCGAUCUGGCCCUCUUCCUCCCCCUCCAAAUGAGCGGCCUCCUCCUCCAGUAAGAGAUCCACCUAGCAGAUCAGGACCCCUUCCGCCUCCUCCCCCUGUAAACAGAAAUGGCAGCAUUUCACGGGCAUUGCCUGCUACUCCACAGCUGCCUUCCAGGGCAGGAUUAGAAAACCAGAGAGGUGGACCAAGGCCUCCACUUCCUCCUGACAGACCUGGUUCCGGAGCUCCUCCACCACCACCUCCUGCACCAUCAGCAAUCAGAAAUGGCUUCCCGGACUCGUCAUGUGAAGAUGAGUGGGAAAGCAGAUUUUCCUUCCAUCCGAUAUCUGACCUGCCACCUCCAGAGCCAUAUGUUCCAAUGAAUAAAAGUUACCCCAGUAAACUAGCAAGGAAUGAAAGCAGAGAUGGCUCUGGCCGAAGGGAAAGAGGUGUCCCACCGCUCCCACCUAUACCGAGGUGAAGUGGAUUUCCAGCCCUUCUCAGGGUGACUGCUGGUUUUAGAUUUCUCUUGAAUUACUUCUCACGCCCAUGUCAUUGGAAAGUUGCCUCUUCUGCUUUAUUUCCACUUUUGGCUUGUGAUUAGGGGUAAUUUGAGUAUCUAUUAGAGAAGUAAGGUACAGUUUAUGAACCAUAGUUGCUUAAAACUAUAGAUUUUACUUGCUUAUAUAGCAGGCUGUCAUGAAAGGCAUUUUGGGGCCCAUAUAUAACAAUAUACAUAUUCUUACUGGGUCCCGUCCUCUUCCCAGUGACCUUGGUAGGAGUUUUGCCAUUGAAUUCAACAAGAGCAGGUGCAAGCCCACUAACUAGUUUGUGGGACAAAGUCCAAUAAUUUACUGCUGUCUGCCUGGAAAUUAAUCACAUGGGGACGGCACACAUAUGAGAUUCCCUUGGAUCUUUUUUUGCAUGCUUCAACGCCCUAUCCUGCUUCUGCAUGCUACUGCUCAACUUUAUGUGAGUCUGCAAGUUAAUAGUUCAACCCAAAUUCUUUUGACCAUAGUUUAGCCCAGGGGUCGGCAACCUUUCAGAAGUGGUGUGCCGAGUCUUCAUUUAUUCACUCUAAAUUAAGGUUUCGCGUGCCAGUAAUACAUUUUAACGU